AUGACAUUACCCAGCAAUGACUCCCCUGCCCCAGUCUCUGAAUUCCUCUUCAUCUGCUUCCCCAACUUCCAGAGUUGGCAGCACUGGCUGUCCCUGCCCCUCAGCCUCCUCUUCCUCUUGGCCAUGGGGGCCAACGCCAUCCUCUUGACCACCAUCCAGCUGGAGGCCUCUCUCCACCAGCCCCUGUACUACCUGCUCAGCCUCCUCUCCCUGCUGGACAUCGUGCUCUGCCUCACCGUCAUCCCCAAGGUCCUGGCCAUCUUCUGGUUUGGCCUCAGUUUGAUCAGCUUCCCUGCCUGCUUCCUGCAGAUGUUCAUCAUGAACAGCUUCCUCCCCAUGGAGUCCUGCACGUUCAUGGUCAUGGCCUAUGACCGUUAUGUGGCCAUCUGCCACCCACUGCGGUACCCAUCCAUCAUCACUAAUCAAUUUGUGGCCAAAGCUAGUGUCUUCAUUGUGGUGCGGAAUGCCCUUUUUACUGCACCCAUUCCUAUCCUUACUUCCCUGUUCCAUUAUUGUGGGGAAAAUGUCAUUGAGAACUGCAUCUGUGCCAACCUGUCUGUGUCCAGGCUCUCCUGUGAUAAUUUCACCCUUAACAGAAUCUACCAAUUUGUGGCUGGUUGGACCUUGCUGGGCUCGGAUUUCAUCCUUAUCUUUCUCUCCUACACCUUCAUUCUAAGAGCUGUGCUUAGAUUCAAGGUGAAGGGGGCGGCAGUGAAGGCCCUGAGAACUUGUGGAUCUCACUUCAUCCUCAUCCUUUUCUUCAGCAUGCUGGUGGUGGUGUUGACAAAUUAGUCCAGAAAGAAGGUCCCCAUGGACAUUCUGAUCCUGUUUAAUGUCCUCCAUCACCUUAGUCCUCCUGCAUUAAACCCUAUUGCGUGUGGCUUUCAAAAUUAUUAA